CAACGAGAUCUUGAACAGGCCAGAGGUACAGAGGUCGGCCGAAUCAGUGUAACCCGACUGUCGUUGCGUUUUUCUGCGACUGUGGUCUUGUGUCCGUCAUGGAUCGCAAGAAGAAGAAGGUGAAGAGGGAACUCACUGAUGAAGAGAAGAAGGCGAAGGCCGAACUGAAAGCUUUGAAGGCCGCAGAGCAGAGGAAGAAGAGAAUUCUGACGAAGCGAGAUAAUUUGUUGAAGAGCGUGAGCGUCGAACAGAAUGUGAGCAAGACUAAUAUGUAUAAAGUUCACAUGCAAUGGCGAGAGCUGAUGAGGGCCGGGAAGGCGGAGCAAUUGAAAGCAAGCGUGGGGCCGAUGAUGGAGAAAUUUGAGAACGACAUAAAGAAGGCAGACAGAACGAUCGUCCAUCUCAUGAACAGGCUCGUUGAAGCCGACGAUCAGUACGAGUUCGCUCACAACAAUCACAUGCAGACCUUGAACACGCUUAUAGACCUCCACCACACUCGCGUCCAAAUCAUGGAGAACGAUUAUCUCAAACAAUUGAACAGAUUGGAGACCGAGUUCAACACCGAGAGGGAAUACAUCAUAAACAUGCACACAAAGAAUGAAAAGGAGUUGUUGGCCAUGAUGAAGGCCAUGGAAGAGGAGUUCAAGGAAACCAUGAACGAGCAUCGCCAGCAGUUCGAGGCCAUCCGAGAGGAGUUGAAGAAUAAAAGCACGGAGGAGUACAAUGUGGCGAAAAUCGGGCUCGAAAGUCAGGUAGAGGAUCUCGAGAACCAAAUUCAGGAGACCCACAAGGCGUAUCUGGCCAGCACGGAGGCAAAGACGAUCCAAUUCAAGGCCAUGGUGAAAAAGGACAUCAUCACCUCUCGUCUGGUCGAGCAAAGGAUGCGGAAACUGAUCAGGUUACACGAGAGCUUGGCCUACUGGCGUGCGAGAAUUGCGUUGAAUACUCGAGAGUGGGAGGCCAUGAACAAGGCCUUGAAAGAGGAAAAGGACAGGAUCAACAAACAUUAUCAAGAUCUGAAGAGGUCUCUGAACAGAAUGCACAACUCCGAGCACGCAAAGCUCAGAGCGAUCUCGAAGGCCAGUGGUGAAGUGAUGGCUGACUUGACGAAAAAGCUGGAGUUGGCCCAGGGGAUUCUCUCAUUAGGAAAGCUGAACAGGAAAUUGGAGACAGAGUACGACCAAAUCUUCCCCUGCUUGCUUUCUGAAGAGGGAGCCGAAUUCCCUCCCAGGCAGAAGGAGCUAGUACUACGAGUGUCUCAGCUUGAGAAUCCCAUUCCGGAGCAUGUUCGCGAGAAAGAGCGUCUGGAAAGAGCACAUAGAUUUUCUUCGUACGCUUUGGAUGAGUAUGGAGAUGAGGUGACCGAAAAACGAUAUUUUGAUAAUCUGAACCGCCGCUUCAACAAGGUCAUGCUUGAGAAGAUGGCUAUAAAUCUUGAGAGAAAGCGCCUGAAGGAGGUGAACUACCAUCUGCAGAAAAGACUGGAGAACUAUCUGGAGAUGAGUCCGAUGAUGAAGCACAAGCUCAAGGCUUCCAACAUGAUGACAGAUUUCUCCUGAUGCAGGAAGUUGGGUUUCUUGGUCGGUGCUCCUUGUGCUCCAUGUAUUUGAGGGUACAACGUGAAAAUCGCACAAUGAGUAAAUUUGUUGAGCACUCUACCUCCGUUAACCUUGCAUAAGCACCAGGUUGGGCUUGUUCACCUCCAUUUACGGCUUCAAGUACGUCAAACAGUGUACUGCAUUAUUAUUUUGAAAUGCUGGAACACAGUCCAGAAAAGAGAUUCGGGAAGGAAGACGAAGGUGCAUGUUCGUUAUGCUGUUUAAAUUCACGCCAGAUAUCGCAAUUUCGGCGAGUUUCACUCACUUUGAGGACGAAUCAGUAAUGACGAGCCUGACAGCGGCGAAGAAAUAUCAAGGCAAGCUAAGACUGAAGGGCAUCUCUCGAAAGACCAUCUUUCCUAAACUUCAGAACACCAAUGAGUCCUUCCCCUCAUUUCCCAUGUUGCCUAGUUUCCAGCUGUGAUCUUAUAGCCCAACAGUUCACACGAACAGCGCGUCGGCUAAUAAUCGGCGAGGAGAUGAGAACACGUAUACUUGUAGUCAGAGCUAGUCAACUUCGAAAAAAGAGGUGGAAUAUGUUUCAACUCGUUGAAAGUAAACCUCUGUACAGAGUUGAGUCGAUGCCGAAACGAAGCCCCUAAAAAAGUUUCAAUCUUUCAAACACGACAACCUGCUGACGUGUUAUGGAAACAGAUGCGAGUACCAUGGGACGUCAGAAGGCAUAGAUAAAACUGCAAACGCCUCCGUGCCGGAGGCCUGGCAACACAUGUGUUUCCGGACCGAACGAAGAAUCCUACUACGGGAUACAGAGCUCAUUACUGAUAGCCUUCGUGAUACUGAAAUUGCGUUGAAUGUCCGGAAUCGAGAAGGUACUGCUUCCAAGUGUAAAGGUCAGGAAAAUACUCUCUGACACAGAGGUUUAAUAAUACGAUCGGGAGGAUUAUGGUAGAAAAUGGUUUGGAGGUGGAGGAACCGAAGUGACUUACUUGGUGCACAAUCGAUUGAAGUCAAUAAAGAACUGCAGUUCAGUCCAGUUGUGCUACAGCAGAAGUUUUCUAUGCUGGAGGAAGUAUGUCGAGUUUGGAAAUGGUUUUGGUUCUGUGCCCAUCUCGUCAAAGACAAGUGCAUAACGGGUGUGUUCUUAUCUUUCGAUGAUCGGCUCCACAGUCCUUCCAUUCAGAAGAACUGAGCAAGGACAAAAUCUUCUUUCCCAGCAGUCCAGAAAUCAUUGCUUCGUAACAGUCUCUACACUCCCAUGAUAUUCUCAAAAUGUCAAAAUCAGUCUGUAAACGAAUAAUCCUCAAUCUUAGGACGAGCUUGCUGAGAUCCGUGAAAACAUGUGGAAAGUCGUCACAUUCCAGUCUGAGAUAACGUAUGUUGUUGAUAAAUUAUGAGAGCUCAGUAAACACCUGGACAUUUUAGCAGGUCUCAAAGUUUCGGUGAUCAAUCAUCAAGUUACUUUUUCCUACAAUGAAGAGUCAUAGUUUUUCGUAGAAGUAAGCAUAGAGACACAUGCAUUGCAGUGAGGCUUGAGCAAAACACUGGGUCCAAUAUACUGUUCUAGAUCCUUCUGUACAACGUUUAGCAGGUCCAUAAAGUCAGCAGAAGUUGACUGGAUCAUCUGCCAUGUUGGGCUCAUUUAGGGUCCAAAUCUGGACUGUGUAAGCUUCUCAUCAUACGGUACGUACAGAACAUGUACCUACCGUUUGUGUAGUUCAACUCUAGUCCCAUCCUCUGCCCGUCGUAAUUCACGACACACAGGGCGUUUAAGAAUUCGAAAUGGCUCAAAUUUAAAGAUUAAUUUGAACAACAUCAAUUUUGACGAUUAGAACUAAAGUAACACAUAUUCCC